GAAGUCUGGAUUGGACUGUACAGAGGCACGUACAGCUGGAGGUGGUCACUGUCAGACACAAGUUUCUACAAACACGGGGAGACAGAGUUCAGACGAUGGAGGGCUGGAGAACCAAGCAAUAUUAACAGUGCAGCACACUGCACAGCGAUGGAUGAGGAUGGACUAUGGAACAGCCUCCUGUGUAGUAACAGCCUUAAGGUCGUCUGCUCAUAUGUCAGAGGGUCGGAUGUGACAUUUAUCCUCAUCACCAAAUCCAUGACAUGGACUGAGGCCCAGAGCCACUGCAGAGUAAACUACACAGACCUGACCAGUGUGAGGAACAUGACAGAGAACCAGAAGGUACAGGAGCUGAUACCUGCAGGAGAACGUGUCUGGAUCGGCCUCUUCAGAGACUCCUGGAAGUGGUCGGAUGGAAGUACCUCCUUAUUUAAGCACUGGAUACCAGGGUACCCUGCUGACUAUCAAUGUGUGGCUGUAGCCUUUACCUACUCCCGUGUCUCCGGACAAUGGUACGACUGGCCCUGUGCUACCAAGUUACAGUUCAUUUGCUACAGCACACCUACAAGUCAGACAACAAGCAGCAGCACGGCUGGAUUCAGCACACCACCUCACUACGUCACCACUUCCAGUGAGACACAGCCUGAAUCAGCUACGACAAAACAAGUGUUCAGACUGAAGUUUCACACACAGGACUCCUCUCUGGAUCCGAAUGACCCUGCUGUGAUGGAGGACACCUUGAAGAAGCUCAAACAGAAUCUGAAGGACCAGGGGCUGGGUGACAACAUCAAACUGAGCUGGAGGAAGCAGCCAGAUGGAAAAGUCUUCCACAAGGAAGAGAAGAAGAAGAAGAAGACCAAAAAGGAUGAGCUUUAAGGCUGAAUUGUUGUGUUUGGUUUCAUCAGAGAAAAGUGGAUUUCUUUCCUUAAAGUCUUCAUGUAAUGGGUCAGAAUAGAUCUGCAACAAUUAGCUGAUUAAUCCAUCAGUCGCAACUAUUUCAACAAUCACUUUAUCCUUUUAGUCAUUUUGUUAGCUGGUUCCAGCUUCUCAAAUAUAAGACUUGAUGAUUUUCUUUGUCAUAAAUUAUCACAAAUUCAAGAUCUUAAACUGUUGGUCAAUUAUAACAAGACAUUAGUCUUUAUGUGUUUGGGCUGUUGGAAAUUAUUUCAGCCUUUUUCACUAUUUCCUGACAUUUUUCACUUCAAAUACUGUGAGAUAAAAUAAGUUAAGAUACUUUAUAAUAAGAUUUGACUCAAGGAAACAAAAACAAACACCUUUAAAAAAGAUGAGCUCUGAUGUUUUGCGAUAUCUUUCAAACCUUUUUUUUCUCUUUAGGAUGGCACAGUGGUGAAGUGGUUAGCAUUGUUGCCUCACAGCAAGAGGGUUCCUGGUUUGAACCCUGGGGUGGGGGAGCCCUCUGUGCAUGUUCUCCCUGUGUCAGCGUGGGUUUCCUCCAGGUGCUCCAGCUUCCUCCCACAGUCCAAAGACAUGCAGGUUAACUGGUGACUCUAAAUUGUCCGUAGGUGUGAAUGUGAGUGUGAAUGGUUGUCUGUCUCUAUGUGUCAGCCCUGUGAUAGUCUGGUGACCUGUCCAGGGUGAACCCUGCCUCAGCUGGGAUAGGCUCCAGCCCCCCCGCGACCCCCAACAGGAUAAGUGGUUCCAGAAAAUGAAUGAAUGAAUUUCUUUCUUUAUUUAAGGGUAAAAUUGUGUCUAAAACUAUUUGUUGUCUCCCUGUAAUGUGUCAAAAUAUCUUCAAAUGAGUUGUAUAGAAAUUAAUUACAUGUAUUUUUUUCUCCUGCUGUCACCUUAUUACAAACUUUGAGGAGUGUCAAUCAAUCACACUUUAUUUAUAUGGCACUUUUCAUACAUUCAAAUGUAGCACAAAGUGCUUUACACAAUAAAAGCACGCAAAA